AUGGGCUUGGUUCGGACUAGAUUUGUGCCGAUCCAGAAUGACCGGUUUCUGGUCACCCUCAAGCUGCUGACGCAGAUGUCCUGGCAACAAAUCAUCGACGCGUACAACAAGCAAUUUGGCGAGGCCGCUUUGCCCGGAGAUGCUAGGAAUCGGUGGGCAAGGCAGCUUAAGGCGAACUCUUUCAGAGACUCGCUAGAAAAUAACGGCGAAUUGCAGGAGGGUGAAGUGGCGGAUGCGGUUGAGUUCCUUCGGGUUCAUGGUUUGGGCCAUCUCAAUAGCGAGGGCGAACGGUUCCUGCUCACUCACUCCGACACAUUAUCGAAUGAUGUCGAGUCUCUGCCUGCUCCUUCAGUGGCUUCCGCUCCACUAGCUGCCGCCUCCACUUCCCAAGAAUCUCCCAACAUUCCUAGGCGGACACUGUUGAUGACGGAUCCCCUUGUCCAGCCUGCGACACAGCUGCCCUAUGUUCCCGAACUUUCGCCGCUUGAGCAGAUAUGGUUUUCGGCAACUGGAUACAAUCCCUACCAACACUUCCUUGGUCCUUGUUAUCAGCCAAAUUCGGUGGGAGAGGCAUUGGCGGCGGAGAUGCCCAGGAAUCCCGAGUUUGGAUUCGACUAUUCAACGGAGUUCGUACCCGAGUUCGAAUCGGAAGUGCCGGCGGAGCCUGUCGACUCGCAGCUCCAUUUUCAAAACGAUACUCAAUUCUCCGCGACUGAGCGCUAA